AUGUUCCAGAGGUUUGGUGGCUGUAGAUCCAUUCUCGGGUCAUUCCAUUCCGUCAUUUUCUCAAAAGAACCAGUGGCCUCAUUCAUUCAUUCACCUGUCUCUCAUAAUUGUGGUGUGGACCAUGGCAGGGACAACAACAGCUACCGAACGACGUCCUCGUCCUGACAUGGACGUGGAGUUGAGCAGUGGCGCCUCGAAUCACAAACGACCCUCCAACAACAACAACAACAACAAGUCUCGUGCGCUUCCACCCGUACAGCAAUCGCGGGAUUUGCCCGCUGAUGCCCAAGAAGAAGAAGAAGAGACUCCUAUUAAUAGUAGUAGUAAUAGCAAGCCAGACUCGCUUCCUGAGUUUGUGACUCAGACGGCAGGCAAAGUGGGUGUCAAACCAGAGCAAGUGGAAUCGGUGACAGAAAAAGUGUUGGAGUUGAUCCAGCAGCAUGCUCCUCCUGAUGUCAUCAAGACCAUUUCCACCAAAGUGCCAGGUGCCGACAAGUAUUUGGGGACUCCAGAAGCAGCAGACGAAAACAAGCCAGAUGAUGAUGAUGAAAACAAGCGAAAAGAAGAAGAAGAAGAAGGAGAAGAAGAAGAUACCAACGAGGACAAACCAGAAGAACCCAAAACUCGUGCUGGACCUAGUACUACUGGAGAUACCACUACUGAUGCAGCAGCAGCAGCAGAAGAAGAAGAAGACGAUGCACCGCCCAAAUCAUGCCUGCCGUCGUGUCUUGAAAAUCUGCUGAACAAGGCAACGGGUGGAAAAGGAACGGACAUUGCUGCCAUUACCAACCUACUGUCCACGGCGGGAGUCACACCCGACAAGGCCGCCGAGAUUGUCAAACAACUCAUGGCGUUUCUAGAAGACAAGGCAGGAAAAGAUACCGUACAACAAAUUACUCAAAAGGUUCCAGGUCUGGAUAAAUUGAUUGGUGGAACAUCCUAAUACAUACAUAUCAAAGGAAAAGAAAAGAAAAGAAAAGAAAGAAAAACACGACAAUGAUAACCAUGAAGCAACGUACAUGUACUUGCAUGAUUAUUAAAACUUCUUGGACGAACGAAGGUUUGAGUGAAUGGAAUUGGAUUCCAUGCAACAACAAGUCCUCCAUUGCAAGGAGUCCUCCGUUGCAAGGAGGAUACCGGACAUGUAUGAAUGAAGGAAACCGGCGCAGAAGACAGAACAAUUCACUUCCAUGGAAAGAAACUAAAAAGAACCGUGAAACUACUGCAUUGCACCCGUUAGACUAAUUUGAUGAGUGCCACGAUCGAGGGACAGCGGAUUUCGUCGACAUCAUCAUUCAUUCAUUCAUUCCACGAUCCUUCCACAAUGCUUUACUAGCGGGGCUCUGGCUCCACCUCGUUGUUCGUUAUUCGCGCUGUAUAUCUUCCUUGUGAGGCCUGAUGGGAUCUUUCGCGUGUACCGGUGUUGUCGUAUCCCCGCGAGAGUGAUGGGAAGGCACCUCCAUGGCACGUGAAGAAGGAAAGUCCUCCAAAAAUCAAUCACAUCAUGCUACCUCUACUAACGAACCACACAUGGUUUUCUAAAGUAACAAUCGUUGACACACCU